GACUCCGCGCCCGGGAUGGAGCAGUUGGGUGACCUCGAGCUUCUGAUGGAGAAGAGUCUCGGAGAGCAGGCUGAGCCGCCCGCGGAGCAAUUUCAGAAGAAGGUGGAAGCUUCCUUUUCUAAAACAGUUCUGAGCCGAGGAAUGGAUAACCGGUACCUGGUAUUAGCAGUCAAUAUUGUACAGAAUGAAGAAGGAAACGAUGAAAAGCAUUUACUCAUUACUGCUUCCCAGUCUCUGGAACAUAAAGAAUUGUGCAUCCUUAGGAAUGACUGGUACUUUGUACCAGUAGAGCCAGGGGACAUCAUUCAUUUGGAGGGAGACUGCACAUCUGAUACUUGGUUAAUAGAUGAAGAUUUUGGAUAUUUGAUUCUGUAUCCAGACAUGCUGAUUUCUGGCACAAGCAUAGCCAGUAGUAUUCGAUGCAUGAGAAGAGCUGUCCUGAGUGAAACUUUCAGGAGCUCUGAUCCAGCCACACGCCAAAUGUUGAUUGGUACGGUUCUCCAUGAAGUAUUUCAGAAAGCAAUAAAUGAUAGCUUUGCCCCAGAAAAGCUACAAGAACUUGCUUUUCAAACUGUUCAAGAGAUAAGGCAUCUGAAGGAAAUGUACCGCUUAAAUUUGAAUCAAGAUAAAGUAAAACAAGAAGUAGAAGAGUAUCUUCCUUCAUUUUCUAAGUGGGCUGGAGAUUUCAUGCAUAAAUGUACUUCGGCUGACUUCCCGCAGAUGCAGCUUUCUUUGCCAAGUGAUGGUAGUAACAAUAAUGCAACAUGUAACAUCGAAGUCAUAAAAUCACUGGAUAUUGAAGAAAGCAUUUGGUCCCCUAGGUUCGGGUUAAAGGGCAAAAUAGAUGUUACAGUUGAUGUGAAAAUACAUCGAGGAUGUAAAGCAAAAAAUAUAAUAAUGCCAUUGGAACUUAAAACUGGCAAAGAAUCAAAUUCUAUUGAACACCGUAGUCAGCUCAUUCUGUAUACACUUCUAAGUCAAGAGAGAAGAGCUGAUCCAGAGGCUGGCCUGCUCCUCUACCUUAAGACUGGCCAGAUGUACGCUGUGCCUGCCAACCAUCUUGAUAAAAGAGAAUUACUAAGACUAAGAAACCAGAUGGCAUUCUCUUUGUUUCACCGUAUUAGCAAAUCUGCUACUGGAAAGGAGAAGACAACGCUGGCUCCUUUGCCACAAAUAAUUGAGGAAGAGCAAACCUGUAAAUAUUGUUCACAAGUGGGCAACUGUGCUCUUUAUAGCAGAGCAGUCGAACAACAGAUGGAUGACAGUUCCGUCCCGAUUGGCAUGCUGACCAAAAUAAAAGAAGAUACCCAGCAUCUCAAGCUUACACAUUUAGAGUAUUUCAGCCUUUGGUGUCUAAUGUUAACCCUGGAGUCACAAUCAAAGGAUAAUAAAAAGAAUCACCAAAAUAUAUGGUUGAUGCCUUCUUCAGAAAUGGAGCAGAGUGGCAACUGCAUUGGAAACUUGAUUAGAACAGAACAUGUAAAGACAGUUGGUGAUGGACAAUAUUUACAUAGUUUCCAACGUAAAAAUGGUGCCGUGCCUAUCACAAAUCUAAUGGCAGGUGACAGAAUUAUUUUAAGUGGAGAACAGAGAACACUAUUUGCUUUGUCUAGAGGAUACGUGAAAGAGAUCAGCAGGACAACAGUAACCUGUUUAUUAGACAGGAACUUGUCAGUACUCCCAGAAACAACUUUGUUCAGACUGGACCAGGAAGAAAAAAAUGGUGAUAUAGAUACCCCAUUAGGAAAUCUUUCUAAAUUGAUGAAAAAUACUGAUACCAGCCAAAAACUUCGAGAUUUGAUCAUUGACUUGCGUGAACCUCAGUUUAUAUCCUACCUCAGUUCUAUUCUUCCACACGAUGCAAAGGAUACAGUAGCCUCUAUUCUAAAAGGUUUGAAUAAGCCUCAGAGGCAAGCAAUGAAAAAGGUACUUCUUUCAAAAGACUACACACUCAUCGUGGGUAUGCCUGGGACAGGAAAGACAACUACAAUAUGUACUCUUGUAAGAAUUCUCUAUGCCUGUGGUUUUAGUGUUUUAUUGACCAGUUAUACACACUCUGCUGUUGACAAUAUUCUUUUGAAGUUAGCCAAGUUUAAAAUAGGAUUUUUGCGCUUGGGUCAGAUUCAGAAGGUACAUCCAGAUAUUCAGAAAUAUACAGAGGAGGAAAUUUGCAGAUCAAAGUCUAUUAAAUCUUUAGCUCUUCUGGAAGAACUCUACAAUAGUCAGCUUAUAGUUGCAACAACAUGUAUGGGAAUAAACCAUCCAAUAUUUUCCCGUAAAAUUUUUGAUUUUUGUAUUGUGGAUGAAGCCUCUCAAAUUAGCCAACCAGUUUGCCUAGGGCCACUUUUCUUUUCUCGGAGAUUUGUGUUGGUGGGGGAUCAUCAGCAGCUUCCUCCUUUGGUGCUAAACCGUGAAGCAAGAGCUCUUGGCAUGAGUGAAAGCUUAUUCAAGAGGCUGGAGCAGAAUAAAAGUGCUGUUGUACAAUUAACUGUGCAGUACAGAAUGAACAGUAAAAUUAUGUCCUUAAGUAAUAAACUGACAUAUGAAGGAAAACUGGAAUGUGGAUCAGACAAAGUGGCCAAUGCAGUGAUAAACCUACCUAAUUUCAAAGAUGUAAAGCUGGAACUGGAAUUUUAUGCUGAUUAUUCGGAGUGUCCUUGGCUGAUUGGAGCAUUUGAACCAAACAAUCCUGUUUGUUUUCUUAAUACAGACCAGGUUCCAGCACCGGAACAAGUUGAAAAGAGUGGUGUGAGCAAUAUAACAGAAGCCAAACUCAUAGUUUUCCUGACCUCAAUUUUUAUUAAGGCUGGAUGUAAUCCCUCUGAUAUUGGUAUCAUUGCACCAUACAGGCAGCAGUUAAAGAUCAUCAAUGAUUUAUUGGCACAUUCUUCUGUUGGGAUGGUUGAAGUUAAUACAGUAGACAAAUACCAAGGAAGAGACAAAAGUAUCAUUCUAGUAUCUUUUGUUAGAAGUAAUAAAGAUGGAACGCUUGGUGAGCUCUUGAAAGAUUGGAGACGUCUUAACGUUGCUAUAACCAGAGCCAAAUGUAAACUGAUUCUCCUGGGAUGUGUGUCCUCACUAAACCGCUAUCCUCCUUUGGGGAAGCUGCUUUGUCAUCUAAACUCAGAAAAAUUAAUCAUUGAUCUGCCAUCAAGAGAACAUGAAAGUCUUUGUUAUGUAUUGGGUGAUUUUUAG